CUUCCCCUUCAAACAUUCAAGCGUCAAACAUGGCCACGUCCAGACUAGAGAUUAAUUUUAUCCGGCUAUUAUCGCGCUGUGAAUCUCUGGCUUCAGAGAAAAGAAAUGAGACCGAAUGGAGACUAGAGAAGUACGUUGGUGCCCUUGAGGAGAUGCUUGUUGCCCUUAAAAAGCGUCCAAGUAAACCAACACCGGAAAUACUGACGGACUACAACCGCAAGGUGGAGUUCCUCAAGGGUCUCUUAGAGGCAGACAAACUGCCGUCUCCAGCAGAGAAGUCUCUGGCCAAUCAGUUUCUGGCUCCUGGACGAACGCCUACGAUAUCCAGCGAGAGGAUGCCUGCCAGUAAGACGGUGCACAUCCAGAGUAAAGCGCGAUGUGUUGGAGAAAUGAGGAAGGAGCUGAUGAGCACUGCUGUGUCAAGUUCUGGUUCAUUGGAUACGGAUCUCAGACACAGAAAGAGUAUUCCUGUAGACGAGCGGCAGUCGGCGGGAGAGCUGGACGCUAUUCUACAGCAUCAUCACAACCUGCAGGAGAAACUGGCUGAUGACAUGCUGAAUCUCGCUCGCAACCUGAAGAACAACACGCUCGCGGCCCAGAACAUCAUCAAACAGGACAACCAGACUCUCAAUCAGUCCAUGCGUCAGGCAGACAUGAACUUCGAGAAGCUGAAGACCGAAUCAGAGCGUCUGGAGCAGCACGCCAAGAAAUCCGUCAACUGGUUCCUGUGGCUGAUGCUAAUCGUCGUCUCCUUCACGUUCAUCAGCAUGAUCCUCUUCAUAAGACUGUUCCCGAGACUCAGAUGAUGCUAAUCACCACUAGAACCGCUAGAUUUAAUUUAUCUAUUACAACAGGUUUACAGACACUAGCAAAGAGUUAUACAUUUGAUUGACAGCCUCGAUCGUUCAGUCAGCUUCAGCCAUUCCCGCGAAAACCAUUGUUGAUGUCAUAACGAAUUCGCGCCGAAUCCCUGUGAAGAACGUUUUUAAAUGAUUCGGUUGUUAUUAACGGUUAGUAUUUGAUAACUAGCCCACAAACUGUUCGUCAGUCAUUUAAAUACAUAAUCUGACGAGAAACGUUCUCAAUACUUAUUCUGAGACCGACGUUUUCAUCUUUUAAAAGACGCGUUUCCAACAGGCUAAUAUUGCUUAAUACAGGCUAAUGGGUUUUGACACUAUAUAUGAGCGUUUUCAGAAGCUACAAAUGACUGACCUCUAUCUGAGUUUCUGUACGGUCGCUAUAAAAACGGACCGAGCUGUUUUAAGGUCCGGUGGACUUGUCCGGACUCGCCUCGUCGAUGCGGAAAUGUUCUGGCAAACAGAAGGAAGUAUUUUUGCCCGUCGGAAGCACAGAUGGAUACUGUCUUCUCCACCCAGAGAGUAAAUGGCCCAUAUUUAGCUGCUAACGAUCUAUUCGUGCUUGUUCCCUAUAUAGCACAUGGAAGGAGUAGCCUAUUAAGUAUUGCUCAGAUAUGGCUAACGUGUUUGUUUCUCUAGGCAGCUCUAUUGAUGGAUCUUAAUGUUCAUCUGAAGCGGCCUGUCAAUCAUCGUUUAUCUGUCCGUGUGUUUAUUUUCGCUCCUGUAAUUCAUUCACAUGAACAGAUGGUCAUAGGCUACUCUUCCUUUCUAUCAGAUGGGUUCCAAGUUAUCUGUGAAGAAAAAACAGGAGGGUGUGUUAUUUUAAUAAAAUAAUUAGCAAUCUG